AUGGGUAGACGUUUUAUCUGUGAUUAUUGUGACAAAUCAUUUCCAGAUAAUCCAAUUAAUCGAAGAAAUCAUCUUAAAGGUGUACAACAUCAACAAGCUCGAAAAUUACAUUAUGAUAAAUUUCUUGAUCCUAAAGAAAAACUUAGUAUAGAGAAAGCAAAGAAACCAUGUAUAACAUUUCGUAAUUCUGGUACAUGCACUUAUGGUCCAUUAUGUAAAUAUUCUCAUAUAACCAUCGAAGAGAUUCGUAUAUUAGAAGAGAAAUCUAAUGCUGAACUUCUUGCUUCAUCUUACUUAAAUCAUUUAACAUCUGAAGUGAAUAUUAAUAAUCAAAUUAAUAUAUUAGAAUCAAAAUUAAUAUCUAGGCGUGAUAAACAAUCAAAUUCUGGAUCAACUAAACAAUUUCAUAUUCCAGAAGGAAUACAACUAUUAUAUCUACCUCCGUCAUUGUCUUUACAUUAA